AUGUCAACUUCCUAUCAAGAUUCUAUGCGAACUCCUGACCAGGAUGGUCUGCAGGAGAGCACAAGCGGAUGUGCUGAGCCAGAAUCCAGGAACCGAAUUGUCGAGAAACGAGAACCAACAUGGUCCGGAAAAGGCGUAGAAGACGGGAUCAAAGAUGAUGGCAACGACGGUAAAAUGCCCUGGGCCUUCGCAUGGCGUGUAGCAGGGGCUGUGUAG